AAGUAUUGCCUUUAGGGUAGUAGUAAUAUAGACAGUAACAACAACAAAAAGAGGAAACUUGCGAUAAAUCAAACAUGCCUUCCGCAUUUUUAAAAGUUUUUAGAUUUCGGCAGUAUAAACAAACACAAAAAAGGGUCUUCUUCUUCCUUUUUAGAUCACAAUUUGACCCAAAACUCCACCAAUCCAGGCAUCAUCGUUGACUUUGUCAAACUCAUUUCCUCUCUUUUUCCUUAUUUUUUUCUCUCAUAUCAUAAACAGAACCCCAAAGAACAAAAAACCCCCAGAAUCCUCUGUUCUUCUUUAGCUUUGGAGGUAAUCAUCGUCAAUGGACAACAAACACCAUACUUCGACUUCAAAACCCAAGAGCAAGAACAAGCUCUUGCAGAUGCUUCCCAAAGCCAUGUCGUUUGGACAUCGAGUUCCGCCGUUUAGUCCCGGAAGAGAUCUCCACCACAACAACCACCACAGUAACACGGCGUCUAACAAAAUGUUUUUCUCCGGUCCUAUGGUUCCUUUGGUUCCUAACGCGGCUCGGGUUAGAAGAAACAAAAACGACGCUGUUUGGGACGAACCCACUUCACCUAAAGUCUCUUGCAUCGGCCAGAUCAAGCUCGGUAAGUCUAAUAAAUGCCCAACCGGUAAAAAGAACAAACCCACCGCAUCUCUUAUACCUAAAACGUCGUCUUCUUUGACCAAAGAAGAUGAUAAAGGUCGUAUAUCCAAGAUCAAACGUUUCUUCUCCUUCUCGCCGGCCAACACCACUUCAAGAAAAUCUCAUCCCACCGCCGUAUCCGCCGCGGAUGAGCAUCCUGUCACCGUGGUUUCUUCCGCGGCGGUGCCUUCGUUAGGCCAGAUGAAGAAAUUCGCAAGCAGCCGUGAAGCUUUAGGUGGAUUUGAUUGGGCGGCUGAGAUGAAACACGAAGAAGACUCGCCAGCUGAUCUUCACCGUGGUUACUAUUCCGACGACGACACAAGAGGAGCUUACUUGAGAGACGACGAUGACGAAGACGACAUCAUAAUCCCGUUCUCAGCUCCGUUAGGGUUAAACUUAAAACCAAAGAAAGAAGUUAACUUGUGGAAGAGAAGAACCAUGGAUCCACCAAAACCACUUCAUCUUCAAGUCACUUGAUCAAAAAUUUCAUUUCUAUUUUUUUUCACUUUAUUUUCCUUUCAUUAUAUAUUUAUAAACUAGUUCUAUAUCCAAAUUGUAUAAUGAUCAUCAUAACACAAUAAAUCUGGAUUUUGUUGUUACGUGUA